AUGACAACUCCAAUCACUAGCAAACGGUCAAAGGACGUGCGGCUCGACUACGUGCUCUUCACAGUAAAUGGCAUGGUGGUCGUUGAUGGUCCAUUGAACUACACGAACCUUUUCGAUGCGAUAAUCGAUGCGAUGUACUCUAUGUUGAAGAAGGUCGGUCAUCCGAAUGUCAGCAUGGUAGCGUCAGAGAUUGGGUGGCCGUCCAUCAGCGGUGCGAUCGGGGCGACAGUGGAGAAUGCUAUGACAUAUCAUAACAGCAUGGUGGCGCAUGUGACCAGCAGCGUGGGGAUGCCUAAGAGCCUGGGGAAUGCAAUAGAGACUAAUAUUUUUGCCAUGUUUAAUGAGGGCUUGAAGCCCGUUGGAGCAGAGCGAAACUUUGGGUUGUAUCACCCCAAUAUGACUGAAGUGUACCAUGUCAACUUUCCAUGA